AUGGUGCCCCCCCGGUUGGCCCCCGUUCUCCGGGGCCUGGUCAGCACGGGCCUUUUCCUUGACGCCAUGAUCGCCGGAGCUAUAGUCCCCCUCCUGCCAUAUCUAGUUGCCCACUUCGGGGGCUCAGAGCAAACCGUCGCAAACCUGAUAGCGGUGGGUUACGGCGCAACCCUCGCGGCAAUGCUUCCGUCGACGUUUCUUCUGCUUAACACUGGUCACCUGCCCGUGCUUACAAUGGGUCUCACCGCGCUUCUGGUGUCAUGCGCGCUGCUCGGGCUCAACCAUAGCCUAUGGCAGCUCUACGGGGCGCUGGUUUUGAUGGGGGCCAGUGCCGAGUUCCUGUUUGCCGCGGCACUAGCCAUGGUUACGAAGCUUCAGAGCUCUGGGUAUGAAGGAGGGGCGAGAUCGUCGCAAGAGGGGGGAAAGGAGCCAGCUCUAGAGCAAGCCCAAGUCGCCACCCCCCAUCCGAAAGUUCUGCGGCGCGCGCUCUCACGGCGUGCCCUUGCAACGAACUACGGCAGCUCGUUCCGCCGGAACAGUGGCGACGCCGGAAUCUUGACGGCGCUGCGGAGCGCGAGCGUCAUUGUGGGCGGAAGGCAGUCGAUCCGCGCGCUCGAACUUGUCCGAACGGCUGCUCUAAAUCCCAACCGCGCUGUCAGAGCGCGCCGUCAGGCUGACGUCAUUCAGGCGCCCGAAUCCGGCGACGAGACGAGUCCGGCCGCGGAUUCUUGGUCGCCGGAAUGGCUGAACCGGAGGCAUACGUCUCCUGUUGCUGCAGCGGCACCGGCAGAAUUCGGGGUUCCCAGAACCCUCACCUCGGUCAAGCCUAACCUCCCGGUUAACCCGCCCAGCAGCUUCGUUGACCCGUUCAAGGUGCUCGCCCUGAUCUCUCCACAAGACGCCUCGGAGGUUGAUGAAACGACCCUGGGGCUGAUCCUGCUGCUUAGCUCAAGCCACGUGGUAAAGUGGGUGAUCGGCGGUCGCAUUCUCCCGACGGAUGCGAUCGUUGGGGAAGGUACUAGUGAACCCGUUGACUGCGAACUGGGAUUCAGAGCGGAGGAGAAACAGGGUUUGGGCCGAAACCCGGAGGUGCAACCGAGCACUUGCAUCGAAGGGUCGGCAGCCAAGUUCGAAAUUAGUGGCGGUGUGAACGGACGGCCAGAAAAGUCGGAUUCGGGCGAGAGCGAGGGUCUUCAAACUGGGGCGAAAGCGCUUGGGGAGUGUCAAGCAGCACCAGAAAGGGACGUCCAGCUGGGCUUGACACCAGCUGCUAUUCCGGAACCUUGCAACGAGCGCAUGGAGGGCGCAGCGCUGGGGGCGUUUGCAGAAGGCGGCGAGCAGGAAGAAAGCACCAGCGAUAGCGAUUCCGGCGGCGAUUAUUCCGGCUACUGUAGCAGCGAGCAGAGUGAUGACUCCGCGAGCGGCGGAACAAAGGGAAUUUUUGGGCGCUCAAAUGCGUUAUCCAGAACCUCAGCUACUUUGACCAAGGAUAGUGUACCCGAAGAAAAGCAGGGCAGAACCCAAAUAGUAGUCGAGUCGCCAGAGAUCAGCCGCGAAAACUUAGUUAAAGGGGAGCCCAGCGGUCGGCCCCCCUCCGUUUUUUGGUCACUAGUGGGACUCGUGCUGCUGAGCGCGCACGCGUUUCCCGCCAUUCUAGUUAUCUUUGCGGAAGCGCUGCUUAUGGGCGCCUUCGACACGGUCGUCCCGCUGUUCCUGAAGGACACCUGCCACGUGUCGGCCGCUGAGACCGGUCUCGUCUUCGGCGCGCUCGCGCUCGCGUACGCUGGUUUUCGUACUGGGCGACCACGUGGAUGA